AUGUCCACUGCAAUGGGGCCUCUGCGGCUCAAGCUGACCUUCUCGAGUAGUUCCUUCGAUGCGGGGGGAUAUCAAUCAAUGAUGAUGGCGGUGCCCCCGAUGGUUCGCACCGUAUCGGAUCUACUACACCAUCUACAGACGAGGCCAUACCUCUUCAGUUUGAAGGAGCAAUGCCACCAAUGGUCAGUCUCUAUCGAUGGCUUUCGCCUUCCUAACGAGAGCGUCGUCCGUGAGGUUUUACGAGAUGACGAGUUGAUCACCAUCGAAGGGGUUCCCUCUGAGGAUACCUGCUCGGUGGUCUACGCCCUUCCAUCGUCCUUGGCAAGAGGCGAGUCUGCUGAACGGCGCAUCCGCCUUGACGAUACCUCGAGCAGUAGUACACCUAAGAAGAGAACUCUAAGGGAGAUAAGGAAGGGGACUCCUAAGCCUAGGGGUAGGGCAACUAGUAGUAGCAGUAGCAGUGACGAGGAAGAGGAGGAGGAAAGUGGAGAGGACUCGAGUCACGACGAUGAGGGUGAGGAAGAGGUAGUUGCGGUAUCACCACCGAUGGAGGUGGAGGAUGAGUCUUCGUCAUCGUCAUCAUCAUCGAGUUCGGAUAGCGACACGUCGUCGUCCUCCUCGGAUGAUGAGAGCUCAGUUGAGUUGCCUCCCACACCGGAGCCGAAACGUAGGAAGGUGGAGUCGGCACAACCCCCAAAGGAGCAACAGGAGACUAUUGGCAACAACAAGGUUAGAUUCGUGGCCGCUAGGAAGGCACUUGUGGAGGACAAGGAGGAGGGUGUUUGGAGGUUCGACGAUUGGCAUGUGAAAGUGGGAGAAUUGAAAGCUGGUCAGUUCGUCAAGUUCCGCAGUUUGCAGGCGGACCCAGUGACGAGGAAUAGCAAGUUGACGGAUGAGGAGGUGUGGAAGGUGUUAGCGAUGGAUGAGGGAAAAGCAGUCCUCGUGGACAGCAAGGGGCGACAUGAUGUCAUCCCAGAGAAAGAUAUGUUCGGGCUCCUCGUUCACGAGCCGGUAUCCGAAAACACUGGCGAAGGCGACGAGCAGAAGGGGCAGGAGAAUGGUCAGCACGUCGCUUCACCGGCUGGCAAAAAGGGCCCUAGAAUUUCGUCGUUGGCUUAUGUUCCGCCGACGGUUUCUGACAAGUCGGCUUUGAAGAGGCAGAAGAAGAAGUUCGGGGCGAUCAGACGACAAGUCGAAUGGUGGCUAAACAAACCCAAUUGGGAUAAGGACGAGCACUUAAGGAGUUUGGCCUAUCCUGGAACGCACUGGAUACCGGUGCAAGAGCUGAUGAAAUUCGAGAGGCUUCGCGACCUCUCGGAUGACCAGGCGGAGGUUGUUCAUGUGCUGCGGACGGAGCGAUGCGGGAAGCAAGAUCCUAGAUUGGAGGUGUCUCCUGAUGGUUACUACGUCCGACAUAAAUGCUGGACGGAGGCGGACACUGCUGGCGGACCGAAGAAAGCCGCGUGA